AGUUUAAAAUAUAGUUGAUUUAACAAAAAUAAUCACAUAGAUUAAUAUUCUGCUUUUUAGUUUUAAACGAAAGAAGAAAAAACGAAUUGACGUGUCGUAGAGGAACUUCAUUCGCAAAUGUCUCAAUUGCAUGCAUGAAAAUAUCGUCUUCAGACACUUGUCGUACACGUACGUAGACCUUAUACUUUUCUCCUCCAAAGCUGGACCCCUACUCUUUACUCAGAAUCGUAUAAAAAUUCUAUUACUAAAUGCAUUUCUUUUUCACAAAAGAUAUACCGCUAGCUAAUGCUGCUGGUAUAUCCGCCGUGCCUCUGAUGAUUCUCACCGGUUUAGCACUUGCCGGUACGGCCGUGGUGUUAAUGGUUAUGACGCCGGUUUUUUUAGUUCUUAGCCCGAUUCUCGUAACGGCGGUUAUCACUUCGAGUUUCUUGGUGACGGGGUUCUUAGCUUCUGGUAGGCUUGGAGCAUCGGCGAUCGCCCUCUUCGUCUGGCUCUACAAAGAAUUAAUUAAGAAAGAAGAGUACUCUAGAUCUAUUAUGCAUGCGCGAGUUCGACCUAACGAGGAUAAUAUUGCGAAGCUCUCGAGAGGAGAUAAACCUCCGGAGGAAGAAAGGCUGCCGGAAAUAAAUAAGACGGCGGAUGAAAUUAAUUCGACUGGAAGAGACAAGGCCGAGGAAUACAAGCCGUCAGAGAUACACAAAUUGUCGCAGAGAGAUCAUAAUCCAGCGGAGGAAGAUAAAUCACUGGGAGUCAAGCAUGCGGAAGAAGGGCCAUUAAUCUCCGAGAUAUCAAAGAUUUUACUGGUGGAGCAAAAUUCAAUUGGCUCCAAGCGCAGCGGUCCAGGUACUUUCAAAAGAUCUCAUGAACUUGGAUUUGCCAUGGAUCCUGGUAAGAAGGAAAAAGUUCAAAGGACAAGAGUUUGAUGGUUCAUGAGGGCUACCGACGGAUCCAUAAGUAUCUCAUGGUCGUCAAGAAUGAUCAAUCUUUUUUUUUCUCAAGAACUGGAAACUCAAAGAUCAAAUGCUUAGUUUAUGUUAAAGAACUUCAAUGAGAUUUUAGAAAACCAUGAAUAAGCGACGCUUUGGUGACGAUAAUAAGCGACGCUUUGGUGACGAUAAUAAGCGACGCGUGUUUGUAUUUAAAAAUUAAAAAAAAAAACAGCAGAAAGCGAUGCUGCUUAAUUAGGGCUCCAAAUUUGCAAUAUUUUUUGUAUUGAAAAAUAAACAACCAUAAAAUUCGGAUGUUCAAGUUUGGAAAUAAUCUUCCCAAAUAAGCAAACAUGACUAUAUUUCUUCCAUUUUAAUUGGUCAAAAUUUCCAAAUAUUAAUUUUGACUUCAAAGCGUCUAGGCUGGAACAUACAUGAAUCUACAUUUAACCCCUACUCAACUAUAUCUUUCUUAAAGAUGAAUAUAUAUCAUAGUUAUAUUCGCUGGUAAAGAUAUAUGUUAGUGAAUAUCUAGUUCAUGUAAACUAUGUUAUUUUGCAACGAAUUUUUUUGGUCGUGAUUCGUUAUAAAAUAAAAUAGUCUUACAACAAACUGAGAUUAAAGGAAACCAAUAAUGUGAAAAUGUAUGUUAUCAUGUCAAAGUGACUUUCUCCGUAAAAAAAAAAAGGGAUAUUGAAUUAAACAUCCUCGGAUUUCACGUGUGCGUGCUAAAAGGACUUUGCCUUAAUUUUUCUAACAUGCAUUUUACAUACAUAUAUAUAUAUAUAUAUAUAUAUAUAUAUAUAUAUAUAUUUAAAGAAGAGUUGUAAUUAAGUAAUUAGAUUAAAGUAAAAGUAAAUUUCAACUGCAUUAGACUAGUAGGACUGCGCACUUUACCUGAUACCCGAAGCUGCAUCCGAACCUGAUCCGAAAAACCCAAACCGAAUUAGUAAAAUACUCGAACGGGUAUUGAAUUAGAAGAUAUUGGAUAUCCAAACAGAUAAUAUCCGAAUCCGAAUAGAUAUCCGAAGAUAACCGAACAUAUGUAUACAUAAUUUUAUAUUUAUAGUUUACUUCUCUUAUUUUAUUCAAAAUAUUUAUAUUGAUGCUACAUAUAGUUUAAGAUCAGAUAAUAUACAUAUAAUUAUGGAUUGCUACUCAACUGAAAAACAUGUCAAGCUUCUUGUUUCGGACAUUAACAAAAAUUGUAUCCAAAUUUU